UCUCUAAGAAACUAUGGCUAACUACUAAUAUAGUUAAGUGUUUCUAUCUCGUACCAUUUUCUCGUUAAAAGGUACGCGGUGGGUUUCAACGCAAGACGAACCUCGAAUGGUGAUCAUCGUCGAUACUUGUACAUCUAUCGAGGAGGUUCGGUAUACGAUUCGAGCACUCGUCGCGCGUUUUUCGUGGAAAGAGAACAGAGUAUAGUCAGCUCGAAUCCGUCUCGUUUCUACCACCAGCAUCGUCUCUCGCGUAUACUUACGUAAAUGGACGAAUGACCGCGUGGUUAUCAGACGAAAGCCGAUGUAAGCACAUACUCGACGGCCAACGAAACAGAUAACAAUUUUUAUCUGACCACCCGUCUUCGAACCAUCAUUCUCUUUCGCCUUCGGGACGCCAAUACACUUUGCCAUUUCGUCGGUAGCCUGAUUUUCAGCUUUCUACCGCGACACGGUAUCCGGAAGCUCGUACACGCUUCUAAUCGGUAUACUUUUUAUCGCGUAAUUAUACACGUAUCCAUACGUUCUCGUUAGAAAAACCGCAAAAACAUUUUCUCGAGAGUUGCUUCGAUAUAUGGACGCAAUAUUAAGUAGGCGAGUAGUCAAGCAGGCGAUAUAUUUUGCAAGCUUAAAAAUGGAAGAUACACGCAACGUAUCAAAGCCAACAACAAUGUCUUUAAAUGGAGCUCUUUCGUAUACGCGAGAAUCUCCUUACAAGGAACGUCGUGCAAGCGUUAUACUCCAAUUUUGAUGAAACUUGGUAUAACGACAGAACAUUAAAAUAUAUUAAACACGUAUUUCUUUUCAGAUAUUCGUGUGUAGGGGGUGUUUUCCACCCUCCAAAUAUAUCUCGGAGGCCAAUGCAGGUAGAACAAAAUAUUCAAAAUAAGAAACGUAUGGUUUUUCGUGGGCAAUAAGAUGGUGUAAAUGAAAAUAUCGAAAAGUCAUAGGUGGCUCUACUGUUUUUGCUUUUGCAAAUAUUUUUCAUCAGAUUUCUCUUAACUGGCAAUUAAUCAAAUUAAUCGACAGACACUUUUCCAAUUUUAGAGUUUGCAUAAUAAUGAGAAAAAUAUAAAAUUUUAUUACACACUUGCACAUCUAAUCCCUUCUCCCUAAAUACGAAUAUAUGCCAGUUAUACCAAGUUUCAUCAAAAUCGGAGUACAACGCUGGAGUAACGUUCCUUAUUAGCAGAUAAAUAAAUACGCAUUUUGCAAGAAAAAAAAAAAAAAAAAGAAAGAGAGGUUGAAAAUUUCUCGUUGUUGCCCGAGACUACCGGUACCUGCCAUUUCGCGUUCUUUGUUGCGUCCGCCUUUGUCUCCAAAUCUUCUGUUUGUUCUCUCUUUCUCCGAUUCGUAACGUUCCCCUCCCGUUUCAACUCGCGGUUUCUAAAAUCUUUCUUCCUCCUCGUCGACUGUGAAAUCUUCCCUCUCUCGAUCUUGCACUCUUUCUGCCUAGCCGCAGCUGUUUCCGUCUGUUAUCUCCCUCUCUCUCUCUGACUGUCUCGUACUCCCCUCCCCCCCCUCGACCCUCUGCUCGGCUCCCCCCUUCAGCAACCUCGCUCGGUUCGAGCCCGCAAGAGAGUAACUCGACUCGACUCGGCAGUCGCGGUUAAACUCGCGCGGGAGACGUUUCGCGCGUGAUUUGUGCGACGCGUGCAUUAUUCAUACGCGACCGUUGUGGAAAAAAAGUGUCGCUUCCGUCGUAACGGUCAGCUUUUUCGUUCGAACACCAUACCGUGGUUCGUUGCUGGCGCGAAACUACGAAACAGGCGCGAACUUGAUCGAGAUCGGAUCGCCUUGCACGCAACCGCGUCCACAUCGAAUAUCAGCGAACUGUUUACUACGCGCCAUCGAGCAAACGGUCGGGAUCUCGCCGCGAUAAAAGAUGCUCCGACAGAUAUUCGCGACGCGGGUUCCGCCAUAGCGCACACGCUACGGUAUCCGUCGAGCCUCGCGCGAUCUCUCGACGUUGAUCGAUGCCCGUUCGAUCUCGAAUCGAAGUCUGGUGACACAGAAGAGAAGGUAAACAAGAGGCGCGUGAGCGCGCGCGCGCAACCGCGAAUGCACGUUUCGUGAAAUCGUGCCGGAUGUCGGGUGACAUCGAUCGACCGGGUCCACGAAAUCGAACCGUCGGAAGAAGACACGGCUCUUUUCUCUUUCGGAUGGAAAAAAGCCUCCACGCCGGGCGGAGGGGGAUGCUCCGUAAAUCAGAGCUUCCCGUUCGUACCCUUUGUCGGAUAAUAAUUCGACCGGAAACGGAGUAGCGCGGUACAGUUUCGAAGUCAGCUGUUCGAGCACGGUCGAUGGUUCUGCGAAACGAUUUUACGAACGCGAUCAAGUAGCGUGUUCGAACGAUCGUCGAAGAGACGGAGGAUUCUGCGAGGUGUUGAUAAUUAGUGCCACGUCUACGAUAGAACGGUUCGAUCGGUCGUUGAACAUUCUCUACGACUAACGAUCGUCGCCGCGAUGAACGAGUGACGCGCGUCGAGGGAGGCGCGCAGUUAUCGGAUGGAUCAGCGGGACGUCGGUUUCCGUCGGUCUCCGUUGAAGUCUCCGUCGCGGACGGUUAGUCGUCGCCGCGGCCACGUGGGUGUCGUAGCGAAUUUGCGUCGAGAAAUCCGACCGCGUACGUGGGAGCGAUCGUAGGAAACGGGUUCGUUCGUCGUGCGAAUUCCACGGCGGGCCGGAAGUGACGAGAACGACCGCUUCCUCGAGAGACGCGACGUCGACGUUUCCCUGCGAGGCGAGUCGCGCUCCAGGCCGACCGCACCGGACCCCCGGGUACCCGGACUCCCGGCGACCCGUUGCCUCGACGUACGACAAAACAGGAGGGGGAGGAGGACGGAGGAAACGGCAGAACGAGGAACGAGGAUGACGCGGUCGCGGUGUGGAAUCGCGGCCUGUCGGCCGACCGAGUGUCCCGCGAGACGCGCGAUCGGUCCUUGAAGGACGCCGUUUUCGCGUCCCCGGAGGAUGAAUUGUUCUCGAAACGACGUGUUCCGCGCGAAACGAGCCACGCUCGGUUCUUACACGACGACGAUAUUGGUUAUGUACGUGAUUGCUCCACUUCAUCGAGGCGCCUCGCCACGGUCAGCGCACGAUUAUGCAGCUGAAGAAAGCGAUGCUUAAGAUAUUCGAUCAAUGUCUGCACUUGCGGAGCAUCGAGGAGCCGAGGAUGACGGCGGAGACGGCAGCUCCUUGUGUACAGGGGGUGCAAGGGGUGCAGAACGUAAUGGCAGGACAGGGCACGUUGCAACAGGUGCAAGAUGGAAAGUCCUCCGGCGGUUACUAUUCCUCGACUUCCGCCAUGUACAAUCCGGAAUACGCCCGCAUGGAAGCCUGGCUCGACGAACAUCCUGAUUUCGUCAACGAUUACUUUCUCAGGAAAGUGACGAGACAGACCGUCGACAUGUGGCUAGUGUCGCACGCGACGCCGACGUCCUCGUCGAGCAGCUGCGUGGAGCUGUCGAGCCCGAUCCACGCGGGUGGCGGAUCCUCUUCCGGUCGGGGCGGUUCCGGCGGUUCCGGCGCCACGACGCCCGUUCGCAAAAUUUCUGCCCACGAGUUCGAGCGCGGCGGUCUGUUGAAACCGAUCGUCAACACGAUCGACGGGACGCCGACGUUCCUGAGCGUCUCGCCGGGCGAUUCGGGCCAGCCAGGAAGCCAACCAGUCGGUUCCGGAAACUCUGGCAGACCCCAAAGGCGAUCGAGACACGAACUGAGGCAUCUCGAUGAAACGGAUCUUAUCUUCGAAUUGGUCAAGGAUAUCUGUAACGAGCUGGACGUGAGGUCCUUGUGUCACAAGAUCUUGCAGAACGUAAGCACCCUGCUACACGCCGAUCGUGGUUCCCUGUUUCUCGUUCAAGGGGAGAGGGGUGGCGGUUGCAUGCCCUCCUCGCAAAAUCACGACUCUUCGUCGGGCAACCCCGGCAGCAUCCUGAGUCCGGGUAAAACGGGCAACGGGCGCUCCGAGCGACGCGAAAAGGGAUAUUAUUCUAGAAGCAGAUGCCUGGUCUCGAAGCUAUUCGACGUGUGCUCGAGAUCGACGCUGAUCGAGAUGGAGAAAAAGGACGAGAUCAAAAUUCCCUGGGGCACGGGAAUCGUCGGAUACGUCGCCGAGAGCGGGGAACCUGUCAACAUACCGGAUGCUUACAAGGAUUCGAGGUUCAACCGUGAAAUCGACGCGUUAACCGGAUACAGAACUCGAGCCCUUUUGUGCAUGCCAAUAAAAGACUGCAAUGGGGAUGUCAUUGGGGUUGCGCAAGUGAUCAACAAACUCGGCGGCGAAGGUCAGUUCACGGCGCAAGACGAGAAAGUUUUCGCUGGAUAUUUGCAAUUCUGCGGAAUUGGCCUGAGGAACGCGCAACUUUACGAGAAAAGUCAAUUAGAAGUGAAAAGGAAUCAGGUUCUCCUGGAUUUGGCUAGAAUGAUUUUCGAGGAACAGAGCACGAUAGAACACAUGGUGUUGAGGAUUUUAACGCACACUCAGUCCCUGAUACAGUGUCUACGAGUACAGGUUCUCCUAGUGCACAAAGCGUCGAAGGGCAGUUUCUCACGAGUCUUUGACUUCGAGGCGAACGACCUCGCUGGCGAGGAUUCCGAUUCUCGCACUAGUCCAUUCGAGAGCAGAUUCCCUAUAAAUGUCGGUAUCACCGGUUACGUUGCUACGACUGGUGAGACGGUGAACAUACCGAACGCCUACGAGGAUCCAAGAUUCGACCCUUCGGUGGAUGAUGGUACCGGUUUCAAACAUCGCACCAUUCUCUGCAUGCCCAUCAAGAACUCGUCGGGUCAGAUCAUCGGCGUCAUCCAACUGAUCAAUAAGUUCGACGACCUCGCCUUCACGAAGAACGACGAGAAUUUCGUCGAGGCGUUUGCUAUUUUCUGCGGCAUGGGCAUUCACAAUACGCACAUGUACGAGAAGGCUGUGAUAGCGAUGGCCAAACAAAGCGUCACGUUAGAAGUGCUGAGUUAUCACGCUUCCGCUUCGUUGGAGGACGCACAAAGACUGAGGGGCUUAAGAGUGCCUUCGUCGGCGCAUUUUCAGCUACACGAUUUUAAAUUCGACGACAUUCACAUGGAGGACGUCGAGACGCUGACGGCGUGUCUCAGAAUGUUUUUGGAUCUCGAUUUCGUCGAACGGUUCCACAUCGAUUACGAUGUGUUGUGCCGUUGGCUUCUUAGCGUGAAGAAAAAUUAUCGGAACGUCAUCUACCAUAAUUGGCGCCACGCUUUCAACGUUGCGCAAAUGAUGUUCGCGAUUUUGACCGCCACGCAGUGGUGGAAAAUUUUUGGGGAGAUCGAGUGUCUUGCAUUAAUCAUCGCUUGCUUGUGUCACGAUCUGGAUCACCGAGGCACAAACAACUCCUUCCAAAUCAAAGCAUCCUCGCCGCUGGCACAGCUUUACUCGACAUCGACGAUGGAGCAUCAUCAUUUCGAUCAGUGUCUGAUGAUUUUAAGUAGCCAAGGGAAUCAAAUUUUAUCGAACCUGUCCCCGGAGGAAUAUUCACGCGUGGUAAAAGUUCUCGAAGAAGCGAUCCUCUCUACGGACCUGGCGGUUUACUUUAGGAAAAGAGGGGCUUUCCUUAGUUUGGCGCAUGGCGGUGGCUACAAUUGGGCUUACAGUGAUCAUCGAGAACUGUUGAGAGGAAUGUUAAUGACCGUCUGUGAUUUAGCUGCUAUAACUAAACCGUGGGAUGUCGAAAAGAGAGUGGCGGAAUUAGUCAGCAGUGAAUUCUUUGAACAAGGGGACAUUGAAAGGCGGACUCUUAAUAUUACCCCCAUUGACAUUAUGAACCGAGAAAAAGAGGAUCAACUGCCUAUGAUGCAAGUUGGUUUCAUCGAUUCAAUCUGCCUUCCCAUUUACGAGGCAUUCGCUUUAUUGUCGGAUAAAUUGGAGCCGUUGGUCGAUGGCGUCAGAAAGAAUAAACAGCAUUGGUUGGAGAUCGCGGAGUUCAAGUGUAAGACAGACAAUUGCACGAAUCACGACAGGAUGCCGUCGAUAUCCGACAACGAAGAGACCAGUGAGCAGGCGGACCAAUAGUCAUUAUUACAAAACGCGAUACAAGCAAGUAGAGAAAAUAUAUUGGGAUAGGUGUUGUUUCACCUGUUCGCGGGACGAAGAACGCUGCUCCGUGAAAUCUGGAACGUUCUGCAACUUCGUCUCGAUACUAGGUAUUACAAGCAUUGCGAGUUAAUUUAUUAAUUUAUAUUAAUCACUACGGAACAUUGUCGGUACCAAUGAGAUGCGAUUAUAAUUGCGGUUAGGAGUUCUUCAGAUACGUUCACGAACGUUUCAGAUUCCGAUGGGUCGCGAGUAACGUCCACGAAGCGCACCCUCCGUUUUCGUGUAAUUUAUUUCACACGCUAAACUUAUAAAACGACAAGACUGAAAAUCUGACACAAAUGUUCUUAAGUUUUUUUCUUAUAGCAGUAAUAAUCGACUGCCGUAUCAUAACAUGUCCAGUAAGUCUUUAACGAGGUUUCAUGUUUGUAUCUUUAUUGAAUUCAAUUUACUUCAUUCCCCCUGAGAUCAUAGGAUCACGUUCAUUUUUGGAUAUUAAAGGUCUUUCCACGCCUAUCGAUUGAAAUUGUUUAUGGCUUUUGAGCGGAUAAUCGCUACAAAAGCUUAAUACAACUGAAAUAUUUGAAAAGACAAUAUAAUUUACUAUUUUAAUUUUACCAAUAUAAAGGGUGUUCGGCCACACCUGCGAAAAAUUUUAAUGGGAGAUU